GCCGGCGUCGAAAGAACGAUGGAGCUUCUCGAAGAAGCAGAAGACGACGCUUCCGCACUGGAUUCCUGGCUAGUCAACGUGCUAGUUGAUGCUGGUAACGAAGUAGUAGGGUCGACCGUUGUGCUCGCCAACGUUGUUGCCGGUGUCUGUAUGUAUACGGUACCGGGCUGGGUGCCGCUUGGCUGGACAACAGAGACGGUCGUCGAUCCUGUCGGGACGCUUGUAGUGUCUGUGUAAGGGCCGACGACAGUAACAAAUGACGCCCGUCUGCCCACGACGAUGGUGCCAGGCGACG